CCCCUUUGGCCCAGUGCCAGGGACCGCUUUCCUCAACUUUCCAGAGCCCCCUUUCCCUUAUGAAUCCUUCCCGUGACCUCUUCUUUCUCAGCACCCAAGUGUGAUCAGAGAGUUUGGGUGAUCAUCCGGAAAGCCCCUGAAAGUCCUAGACCUUUCAAGCAGUUACGGGACUGUGCUUGCGGAGAGGAAGGCUCAAGGGGAGCCCCCUCCCCCCUCCUUCCUCACUGCUUUCCGGGUCCCCAUUGGCUGGUUCACUCGGCGGCUAGGAUGACAGUGGGAGGGGACCCUCUUUCCUAACAGUGUUAUAAAAGCAGCUCCCUUGGCGGGGUCCAGUCCUCUGCCACUCUUGCUCCGGGACCCCAGAGACCCCAGCGCUCCUACGGUUCACAGCCACUGCGCCCUCACUCUCUUCUUGCAGCUCUUGCAGCCUCAGCAAGCCAGCCCACCUUCGUCCUUCGAAGCCAUGUCCACCAGGUCCGUGUCCUCGUCCUCAUAUCGCAGGAUGUUCGGUGGCUCCGGCUCAUCGAGCCGGCCGAGUUCCAACCGGAGCUAUGUGACCACAUCCACCCGCACCUACAGCCUGGGCAGCGCUCUGCGCCCCAGCACUAGCCGCAGCCUCUAUUCCUCGUCCCCCGGUGGCGCCUAUGUGACCCGAUCCUCCGCCGUGCGCCUGCGGAGCAGCGUGCCGGGCGUGCGGCUGCUGCAGGACUCGGUAGACUUCUCCCUGGCCGACGCCAUCAACACUGAGUUCAAGAACACUCGCACCAACGAGAAGGUGGAACUGCAGGAGCUGAAUGACCGCUUUGCCAACUACAUCGACAAGGUGCGCUUCCUCGAGCAGCAGAACAAAAUCCUGCUGGCCGAGCUCGAGCAGCUUAAGGGCCAGGGCAAGUCGCGCCUGGGCGACCUCUACGAGGAGGAGAUGCGGGAGCUACGCCGGCAGGUGGAUCAGCUCACCAACGACAAGGCCCGUGUCGAGGUGGAGCGGGACAACCUGGCGGAGGACAUCAUGCGGCUGCGAGAGAAAUUGCAGGAGGAGAUGCUCCAGAGAGAGGAAGCUGAGAGCACCCUGCAGUCAUUCAGACAGGAUGUUGACAAUGCUUCUCUGGCACGUCUUGAUCUUGAACGGAAAGUGGAAUCCUUGCAGGAAGAAAUUGCCUUUUUGAAGAAACUGCACGAUGAAGAGAUCCAGGAGCUGCAAGCCCAGAUUCAGGAGCAGCAUGUCCAGAUCGAUGUGGAUGUCUCCAAGCCUGACCUCACGGCUGCCCUGCGUGAUGUCCGCCAGCAGUAUGAAAGCGUGGCUGCCAAGAACCUCCAGGAGGCCGAGGAAUGGUACAAGUCCAAGUUUGCUGACCUCUCUGAGGCUGCCAACCGGAACAACGAUGCCCUGCGCCAGGCAAAGCAGGAGUCCAAUGAAUACCGGCGACAGGUGCAGUCCCUCACCUGCGAAGUGGAUGCCCUUAAAGGCACUAAUGAGUCCCUGGAGCGCCAGAUGCGUGAGAUGGAAGAGAAUUUUGCCCUUGAAGCUGCUAACUACCAGGACACUAUCGGCCGCCUGCAGGAUGAGAUCCAGAACAUGAAGGAAGAGAUGGCUCGUCACCUUCGUGAAUACCAAGACCUGCUCAAUGUUAAGAUGGCCCUUGACAUUGAGAUCGCCACCUACAGGAAGCUGCUGGAAGGCGAGGAGAGCAGGAUUUCUCUGCCUCUUCCAAAUUUUUCUUCCCUGAACCUGAGAGAAACUAAUCUGGAGUCACUUCCUCUGGUUGACACCCACUCAAAAAGAACACUCCUGAUUAAGACGGUUGAAACCAGAGAUGGACAGGUGAUCAAUGAGACUUCUCAGCAUCAUGAUGACCUUGAAUAAAAAUUGCACACACUUGGUGCAACAGCGCAGUACCAGCAAGAAGAAGGAAAAAAAAUCGUAUCUUAGGCAAACAGCUUUCAAGUGCCUUUACUGCAGUUUUUCAGGAGCGCAAGAUAGAUUUGGGAUAGACACAAGCUCAGCACUUAACAACUGACACCCCUAAAAGACGUAGAAAAGGUUUACAAAAUAAUCUAGUUUACGAAGAAAUCUUGUGCUAGAAUACUUUUUAAAGUAUUUUUGAAUACCAUUAAAACUGCUUUUUUUUCCAAUACCUGACCAACUUGUUACUGCUUCAAUAAAUCUUCAAAAAUAC